AUGGCUCCCAUUAUGGACGAGGUCGUCAACGGCCUGAAGGACACUAUCGGAAAGCUGGAGGCUCGUGUUGAAGAGUUGGAAGGCCGCCUCAGCAACCAGGUCAAGCCCAAGUCGGUUGCUGAGCAGAUGCGCAUCAUCCUGAUGGGACCUCCUGGUGCCGGCAAGGGUACCCAGGCUCCCCGGCUGAAGGAGAAGUACUGUGUCUGCCACUUGGCCACCGGUGACAUGCUGCGCUCCCAGGUCGCCAAGAAGACCGCAUUGGGCAAGGAGGCUAAGAAGAUCAUGGAUCAGGGUGGUCUGGUCAGCGAUGAGAUCAUGGUCAACAUGAUCCAGAGCGAGCUUGAAAACAACUCUGAGUGCAAGAACGGAUUCAUUCUGGAUGGUUUCCCUCGUACCGUUGCCCAGGCUGAGCGUCUGGACGACAUGCUUAACGCUCGCCAGCAGAAGCUCCAGCACGCCGUUGAGCUUCAGAUUGACGAUGCCCUUCUGGUGGCCCGUAUCACCGGACGUCUUGUCCACCCGGCUUCCGGCCGCUCUUACCACAAGAUCUUCAACCCCCCCAAGGAGGAGAUGAAGGAUGACGUUACUGGCGAGCCCCUCAUCCAGCGUUCCGACGACAACGCCGAUACCCUCAAGAAGCGUCUCGGCACCUACCACGCCCAGACCGCUCCUGUUGUCGAUUACUACAAGAAGACCGGUAUCUGGCGCGGCAUUGACGCCAGCCAGGAGCCUGGCCAGGUCUGGAAGAGCCUGCUCGGUGUUUUCCGCCAGAACUAG